UACUGGAAAGGAUAGCACUUCUAGAGCUUCCAGUGAAGUUGAGAUGAGGACAGCUUUAUUUAUUUUUUUCAGCACUGUUUUUAAUCAUUAAAACGGGUUUAAUAAGGUGUAGCCGCAUCUAAAUCUUCAGAUCAUUUUAGCUGACUGGACGAUUUACUGCGGGACAGGAUUGAAGAAGAAUGACGGGCACGUUAGCCUGAUCAAAAGUAAUCGGCGGUCAUUAAAUUUGAGCAUCUUGGUUAUGUAACAUGCUGGGAAGCCCGUUGGGUUGGUCGAGCUCUUGACGCUACACCGUGACGACGUGAGGAUCUCACAGACGCGCACGGGGACCUCUUAUCUCCAUCAGGGAUGGAGGUAGAUUCGAUAACCAGGAGACAAGUUCAUGCUUCCCUCAGUGUGUCUGAGGACCCCGUGAUGCGACAGGGAGAGAGACAGUCUUCGUCCUCCUUCGUGCACCACCAGUGAGACCGAGAUGCGGUUUUCCGGCGGUGUCGGUCGCUAACUGAGCCCAUUUUGACACCAGGAGGAAAAAACAUAUUGGCCGUUCUCUGCUGGAGGUAACACUCGGGAAGCAUGGCAGGCGCAAAGCUGACGCCCUCUCCCUCGGAGAUCGACCCAGACGUCAAGACCGAUGUGCAGAAAACACCAGAGCCCACCUGGGUCAAUCCCUCCAACCCUCUCCGGACCAUCGGCUCUUUGGGGAGCGAUGUCGACCAAAGGUAUCAGGAGGAGUACAGUAUGGACUCAACCAAUGCCCAGGUUCAGGUAGAGUUCUAUGUGAACGAAAACACCUUCAAGGAGAGGCUAAAGCUUUUCUUCAUCAAAAACCAAAGGUCAAGCCUGAGGAUCCGCUUGUUCAACUUCUCACUGAAGAUUCUCACCUGUGCCCUCUACAUAUUAAGAGUCAGCUUGGAAGAUCUGAAGGAGAAAAAUGGGAGCCCAUGUGCAGUGAAUCGAAGCAACGGUUGGAAUGAUACAUCAGAGCAACCACAAAUCAAAUGGGAACGCAUUUUCUGGGUGAACAGACGGGAGUCUGUAUGGGCAAUACAGGUGACAGUGGCCUUAAUCAGUUUUUUGGAGACUAUGCUUAUCACAUAUCUCAGCUACAAGGGAAACAUUUGGGAGCAGAUCUUCCAGAUUUCCUUCAUACUGGAAAUGAUUAACACAGUGCCGUUUAUAAUCACAAUUUUCUGGCAUCGAUUAAGAGACAUAUUCGUCCCUGUGUUUCUUAACUGCUGGCUAGCCAAAGGUGCUCUGGAGAAUAUGAUUAAUGAUUUCCAUCGUGCUAUCCAAAGGACCCACUCUGCCAUGUUUAAUCAGGUGUUCAUCCUCAUCUGCACCUUACUGUGUCUGGUUUUCACCGGGGCUUGUGGGAUCCAGCAUCUAGAGAGAGCUGGGAAGAACUUGACCUUAUUUGACUCGUUCUAUUUCUGCAUCGUUACUUUCUCCACCGUGGGCUACGGGGACGUCACGCCACAAAUCUGGCCCUCCCAGCUGCUGGUGGUCAUUCUCAUCUGUGUUGCCCUGGUGGUCCUGCCGCUACAGUUUGAAGAACUAGCAUACCUGUGGAUGGAGAGCCAGAAGUUGGGGGGCAACUAUAGUCGACAUCGGGCGCAGACAGAGAAGCAUGUGGUGCUGUGUGUCAGCUCGCUGAAGAUAGACCUGCUGAUGGAUUUCCUCAACGAGUUCUACGCUCAUCCCAGAUUACAGGACUAUUAUGUGGUGAUUUUGUGCCCGACAGAGAUAGACAUUCAAGUUCGUCGAAUUCUCCAGAUCCCCCUGUGGUCGCAGAGGGUUAUCUACUUGCAAGGAUCUGCUCUCAAAGACCAGGACCUGAUGAGGGCCAAGAUGGACGAUGCUGAGGCCUGCUUCAUCCUGAGCAGCAGGAACGAAGUCGACCGAACUGCAGCUGAUCACCAGACUAUUUUGAGGGCAUGGGCUGCAAAAGACUUUGCUCCAAACUGCCCUCUCUACGUACAGAUUCUCAAACCAGAAAAUAAAUUUCAUGUUAAGUUUGCUGAUCAUGUAGUAUGUGAAGAGGAGUUCAAGUACGCUAUGUUGGCACUCAACUGUGUGUGUCCAGCCACGUCCACUUUAAUUACUCUGUUGGUUCACACCUCCAGAGGACAGGAGGGGCAGUUAUCACCGGAGCAGUGGCAGAGGACAUAUGGACGCUGCUCGGGAAACGAGGUCUACCACAUCCGCUUGUGUGACAGCAAGUUUUUUGGGGAGUACGACGGAAAGAGUUUCACCUAUGCUUCCUUCCACGCCCACAAGAAGUAUGGCGUGUGUUUGAUUGGAGUUAAAAGAGAGGACAACAAAAGCAUCCUCCUGAACCCCGGACCUCGCCACAUCAUGGCUGCCACUGACACCUGCUACUACAUCAACAUCACCAAGGAAGAGAACUCUGCUUUCAUCUUCAAGCAAGAGGAGAAGCACAAGGGCCUGCCUGUCUCCGGGCUCUAUGACGCCCCCUCAAGGCUACCCGUGCACAGCAUCAUCGCCAGCAUGGUUGAUCAGGCCACUUCAUUUGGCACCGUAGCCAUUGACCUGCAGCAUCCCGAUCCUCCUGAGGAAACCGGCAAACUUGCCCUCCCAACAGAGAACGGCGCUGGAAGCCGCCGACCGAGCAUCGCCCCCGUUCUGGAAAUUGCCGACUCCUCCUCCAUCCUGCCCUGCGACCUCCUCAGUGACCAGUCAGAGGAUGAGACCAACCAAUCAGAUGAGGAAGGCUCUGUAGGUUCAGAUUUUGUGAAGGGCUAUCCCCCCAACUCGCCCUACAUCGGCAGCUCUCCAACCUUGUGCCACCUCCUACCACAGAAAGCUCCAUUCUGCUGCCUUCGCCUCGACAAGGGCUGCACACAUAACAGCUUCGAGGAUGCCAAGGCAUACGGCUUCAAGAAUAAGCUGAUUAUAGUGUCUGCAGAGACGGCCGGAAAUGGUCUCUACAACUUCAUCGUCCCUCUGCGGGCUUAUUAUCGGCCCAGAAAAGAACUCAACCCCAUAGUGCUGCUACUGGACUACCCGCCAGACAACCAUUUCUUAGAGGCCAUUUGCUGCUUUCCAAUGGUUUACUUCAUGGCCGGCACAAUUGAUAACUUGGACAACCUGCUGCAGUGUGGUAUCAUCUAUGCUGACAACUUGGUCGUUGUGGACAAGGAGAGCACCAUGAGUGCUGAGGAAGACUACAUGGCAGAUGCCAAGACCAUCGUCAAUGUCCAGACAAUGUUCAGGUUGUUCCCCAGUCUCAGCAUCAUCACCGAGCUCACGCAUCCAUCCAACAUGAGGUUCAUGCAGUUCAGAGCCAAGGACUGCUACUCACUCGCACUCUCCAAACUGGAGAAGAACUGCUGUAAUUCUUCGUGGCAUAGAUUCACACAGCUGCUACAGAUUUGGCUGCACAUCCAUGAUGACAAUUUCCUGUUCUACCACAUCCCAAAGAUAGAGCGUGAUAAGGGCUCCAACCUGGCUUUCAUGUUCCGGCUGCCAUUUGCUGCAGGCAGAGUGUUCAGUAUCAGCAUGCUGGAUACACUGCUUUACCAGUCAUUUGUCAAGGACUACAUGAUUGCCAUCAUCAGGCUUCUCCUUGGUCUGGACACCACGCCUGGUUCUGGGUACCUAUGUGCUAUGAAGAUCACAGAGGAGGACCUGUGGAUCAGGACAUACGGCAGACUCUUCCAGAAACUUUGCUCCUCCAGCGCUGAGAUUCCCAUCGGGAUCUACCGGACCGAGUCGCAUAUGUUCUCAACCUCAGAGUGCAGGGACAGUAAUGCACAGUCUCAGGUGUCCAUCAACGUGGAGCAGGGUGAGGAGCACCGUGAUCGUGGAGGGUCCUGGAAGGAGAAGACAGGCUACAGAAACUCCACCACAAGUGACCAAUCAGAGCACCCGCUGCUAAGGAAGAAGAGCAUGCAGUGGGCUCGGCGGCUGAGCAGGAAGAACGUCAAACCGUCGACCAGAGCGGAGCGCAUCUCGCAGCAGAGACUGAAUCUGUAUCGGCGCUCCGAGCGACAGGAGCUGUCCGAGCUGGUCAAGAAUCGUAUGAAGCACCUGGGCCUCCCCACUGUGGGAUACGAGGAUGUUUCUAAUCUCACUGCGAGCGAUGUCAUGAAUCGAGUAAAUCUAGGAUAUUUGCAAGAGUUGCAGGACAUUUCAGAGCGCCCGUAUUCAGAGGGGACCAGGCUGUCAGGGCCACAAGCAGAUGAGAUGAACGACCACCAGAACACGCUGUCCUAUGUCCUCAUCAAUCCUCCUCCUGACACCAUGCUGGAGCUCAACGACAUUGUGUAUAUAAUCCGCUCAGACCCACUGGCGCACGUGCCAGAGGACUCGCAGGUGGGACCGGCUCGUUGUAGCAGGAACCAGCAAGACUUUGGCACAGAGACCAGAGAUGAGACUCACCUCUGAAACCCACCCACGCCCCCAGAGUCCUCUACACACUCUGACCCUUAACCUCUAAAGGCCGGCCUGGGCCCACUGAGCUAGUUUGUGUCGCACAGAUGAAGGCUCCUAUCGGGCCAAGAUCAGCUGUCCAUAGUGAAUGUGCAUUAAGUGUGUCUCUGCUCGAGACCAGAAACGAUCAACAUCUUAAAAAUUCACCCCUGAGACAUCUCCUGUUUCCCUACUGAGCUGCUAUAGAAAGAUGCAUGAAGAGUGCCUCGUCAUCACCUGUCAUUGAAACACACGCAAACACACAUCACCCUACGAAAACAAUCUGAAACUGAGAACCGGGCCAUGAAAAUGGCUCCCUCCUCCGAAAAAAAGGACGGAGAGAGUAGAGUAAUGUUCUGAGAAGAAGGAGUUAAAGGAGGCUUAAACAGAAUAUCUUCAUCGUCACUUCGUUCACCAAGCGGUGUGGUUGACCUCAUACCAUGAUCUCCUCUGUGCUUGUUUCUACCUGAAAUUACAAAAGAACAGAAACCUGGGGCAACUACACCCCCCUUCACAUCUGAACGAUCAUGUCGUUUAAAGACGAGGGUAAAUGCUUUGAAUUUCUUCCUUUUCAGGCAUUUAACCUAAAAUUACACUACCUGUGCACUUCUCUUUAUUUAUUUAUUUUAGCUUAAUUCAAAUUUUAAAACUUUGUUGGACAGGAUUUUUUAUUUACUUACAAGCACAACCUUUUUUUCUGUAAAUAUACACACUGCCGUGGUACUUUUAUCGGCCAGGUUAGCGUUAUAUUUCUGGAAAUGACUUUGUUGUGAUCAUUGCUAGAAAGUACAUUUAUUCUUAAUUUAUUUCAUUAAGUUUUCCAAGUCAUGUCUGCUCUACUGUAUGUGCCAUUCUGUUUACACUAUUGCUUUGUGAAUAUCGUUGAAUUAUUUAUAACUUUUGUGCCAUUCUGCAUCUCUUUAGUAUGGAGCCUGUCAGCAGCAGUACAGGUGGAAAUAACUUUCAUUAUUCCUUGUUUUACUGCAGUGGGUGCACAAAAUGUUAAUUCAUGUUCAUAAAAAAACGCAGAAAUGCCAAAAUCUGCAGUUUCGUUGGUCGUCUCCAUCAGUGAGUCAGUCCCCAUAGAGUAGCAUGCCUGUCGGGGUUGCCCAACUUCAGCUAUGAAAUUUACAUAUUUACAGCCUUUAAUAAGCAGGGUGUGACAGUACUCGUAGCUGCAACAACAAUAAUUAGUCGCUGAACUGAACUACAAUGUUUGUGCUGUUGGUGCCAUUUAAAGCAUUUCUGAUGUAAUAUUAUUUGACAUAAAAAAUAUAUGACUUGCUGUGCAGCUGAUUGUACAAUCCAAGAAUUUUGUGCUUAAAUUUUGGUGUGCCUAAUUUUAUUAGUAAGUAACUUAUCAGUAUUAAUCAGAAGUUAUUUUAGUCUCGACUUUCAGCCCCACAGUUUAUGGACCCAGCUUGCUAACCGAGCUAGCUGCAGAACAUCCUCCCAAAAUAAGUGCUAAACAUCGUGAGCUUAGCACUGCACAACGCUUUUUCAGUAAUAGUAACUCUGCCUCUAAAAAGACACCAAAGCAGCACUAUCCUUCUUAUAACAUGCUCAUUAUUUAGGAAAAGUCUGUAGGCUAGUUUUUUAAUAUACACCCAAAUUAUAUCUCACGUCAGAUCACAUUUUGUGCAUUCAGUUUAGUAAAACAUGGCACCCCACCCCCCUGCCACCGACAAGCUCUGUACAUCUGUGACAUCAGUGUUUAUUAUUACAGGAGCUGACCCAAACAUCUGCAGCAGGAAAAAAGUAAAAAAGGAAUCAUUUUCUAAAUUUAGCAUUUAGAAAUUAAUGUUAACAAUACAAGACUUUUUGCUGCUGUACUUAUCAUAACUCAGUAUUUAUCUGAAGCAUUAUAAGCUGCAUUUUUAAUUUUAUAUUUAAGUGCUAUUUAUCGUUGAAUAGAAUAGAAUGAGAAAAUUCUUCUUUUUUUCUGGACUACUGGUUUUAACAAGUUAAUCUUUAACUGUCAAGUGUCUCCGUCACUCAGUACAUAUCAUGGUCACUACAUGGUCACUUUGUUAGGUACACCUGUUCAACUGCUUGUUAAUGAAAAUAACUAAUCAGCCAAUCACAUGUGAGAAUAGAGUGGAUUUAGGAAUGGAUACCUGUUUGAGACAACCUACUGUUCAAACCGUGCAUCAGAAUGGGGAAGAAAGGUGAUUUAAGUGACGCGGAACAGGGUAAUCUACAUCAUUUGAAAAUUCAUGGUGAAAAUCUUUGGAUUAUUGCAUACAUAAAGAUGCAAAAUGUGAUUUACAAGACUACUUAGCUGUAGAACUUUAGAGAGAUUGUAUUUAGAUUAGCUAAUUAUCUAGCAAAAUAAGAUGCUCAAUUAAGGAAAAAAUUACCACAGUUAUCAGUGCCACAUCAAUGAAUCUGUUGUGGGAAAAAUUGGAGAAUUGAUAUCUCUAACUGCUAUUUCACUCGGUCCUCAUCAGAAACAUUUAUAAAUACUAUCAGAUGCAUCAUCGUUAACUGUAAUUAAUAUCAACAGCAGUCUGGCUCCAGUGUUUUUAACUUGAAUUCAUUUGAUUGUUGGCGGGUUUUUUUGUUUUGGUUUUUUUUUAAUGAUCAUAUCUGUUGAUGAGUUGCAGUGCGACCGGUAGCAGAAUAGUUUUGCACAGAUAUCGACAGGCACAGUCAAGUCUGUUUCUAUCCUGUAAAUUUACUGUAUUUCCAAAUUUAUUUUGGAACGAGCUGAAAAGCAAAAAUGCGCUCCUUUCUGAACUGUACGGGCACAUUGUGUAUGAAACGAUAUUUAAUCUUGAUUUAUCUUCUUUCAGCUGUACAUUUGGUUUGCUCAGUGUAUAUAAAACCUUUAUGUACUCAUUGUUUGCCAGUUUGUUAUUUUGUGUGACGAAACGUGAAACUGUUGGACUUGAACUAUUUUUGCACUAUGCUCUACGGGAAUGCGCAGAGCAUAACAGCACCCCUUUAAUAUGAAUCUGCAGAACACGGCGGACAGUAUUAAACCGUUCCCAUGAAGCAAAAACAAUCGAGAUGUGCAGUAAAUUAUCAUGCAUCUGUUGGUUUGGUUAACCCUGUGAAUGUUUACAAAACUUAAUUCAAUGCUUAAUUUUUCAUUUGUCAAAGAAAUAUCCAGUGACGAUGUGAGAAAUCAAAAUGUUUUCUCUCACUGAGAUGUGCCAUUGUUUCCCCUUGUUUGUUCUGAAGAAAAUAUAGCAUAGGCUUUUUCAUGCUUUAUUACUGUAGGCAUAUUUGUUCCACUGAAAUGUACUGUUGAUCUUUGUUCAUUGGCCCCUCUGAAGUGUCAGUUUACAGGGCAGGGGAGGUGAGGAGUGAAAGCGUGAGUGACUGCGAUGGAGGAUGCAAUCAGUGUGCUGAUAUACUCGCGUAACAUCUUCCUAGGUCCUCACUUGUGACAAAUCCUAACACUCUAGAAAGAGUUCACUUCACAUCUCCUACUGUCCACACUUACAAUACCACACGGGGCAUGUUAACACGAAAAAAAAAAAAGAAGCAUGUUUUGAUAUACAGGCUUGCCAAGAACAAGACAUUUUGUACAUUGACAGGGACAUUUAGUCCGAUGUCUAGAGAAACCCAUAAUCGAGUCAACUGCUUGCAAGCUGGAGUCAUUAUUUGAUACUGUGUAUUUAUAUGAAUGGAACAUGCAUGUUGUCUCGGUGUUAACAAAAGCCUACUAUAUGUAUUCUGUUUACCUCCACUUUGUUUUUGAGUCAUUGUCCAAUUUUUGUACUAUUUCUUAUGAGAAGUGUUCUUCUCCACAUUCAUAAUAUGAACAAAUAAAUGCUGCAUGCAGCCAGAGCGGAUGAACCUAACACAAAAA